AUGGCUCCGUCGCAUCCAACCGUAACGACUAAUUUCUUACUGGCUAAUAUACAUUGUCCCACGUGUGUAUCUUCCAUAAAAGAUGCCUUACAACAUCUACCUGGCAUCAGUUGGGUGUCGCCCAAUGUCGUUACCUCAUGGGUUGCUGUUGAGCACGAUCCUAAUGUGUCUAUCACCGAGAUGGCGUCUAAGUUGGAGUCUGCAGGCUUCGAGGUCUCUAGUAUAGCCUCGACUAAUGGCGAAGCUGCUCUGGCGAAUUUGCUACUCGAAGAUCCUACCGGUAUUCACGGCCGCUCGGAUACGAACAACUCAUCAAAUCCUAGCAUAAGGGAUAGUCCAUUAGGUCGAAUCAUCAAAUUACCCCGAAGGUUUGCGCAUGCGCAAGCAUCAUCCGCAGCUGCGGAGAAAGAACAUCUCAAUAACUGUGGGAUGUGCCGGACUAAGGGGGUGAAGGGAACAAGAUUGAGUGUACUCGGCCCCAAAUGUUGUGGUACAUCGUCGGAAAAAGACGACAGUCAGUCAGGGGAUCAAAGCGUGAACGAUCAAAAGGCAAUUCCCGGCAUAGUUGCGUCCACCAAAUCCCUCACUAUUGAAGAUGAGAAACCCCAGCCACCAAGCAGUGGCGGACGUAGAUGGAGGGCGUCAAUGGCCAUAAAUGGCAUGGUAUGCGCGGCCUGCGUAGCUCCUAUCACUUCCGAACUAAGCAAGAGACAAUGGAUUACGAAGUAUACAAUCUCCCACCUAUUGCAUAGUGGAGUUAUCGAGUACAUCGGCACAGAGGACGACGUGAAGCAAAUCAUUGAGAUGAUCGAAGAUACCGGGAAAGAUGUCGAACUCCACCAGGUCAUUAACAUCGACGGCGGCGAAAACCGGCCAAAACAGGAAAGGACUGUUCAGAUCCGUAUCGACGGAUUCUACUGCGAUCAUUGCGCAGAACGGGCUACGAAUAGCCUCAGGGGAUUCCUCCAGGAUGUGGAGAUUACUUGCCAACCCACCCGCCAACGACCUAUCCUAGAGAUAUCAUAUGUCCCUAUAGUACCCAACUUCACGAUUCGUCGGAUCCUCUCGGCCAUCGAAGCAAGCGAUCCGGCAUUCAAGGCGUCCAUCUACCACCCACCUACACUAGAAGAACGAACGAAGCGAAUACACGCCCGUCAACAGAAUCAAUUCCGUAUUCGCGCCUGGUUUACGACAAUAGUAGUGAUUCCAACUUUCAUCAUUGGUGUGGUAUAUAUGAGUCUCGUCCCAGAACAUAAUCCGUCAAAAAUGUUCCUCAUGAAACCGUGGAGACCAGGAAUUAGCCGAGCACAGUUGGCACUAUGCAUCAUGGCGACGCCCGUAUACUUUUUCGCAGCAGACAUCUUCCAUCGACGUGCGGUCAAGGAAAUCAGGUCAUUGUGGAGACGAGGUAGCACAACGGGCAUUUUCGAGCGAUUUUAUCGGUUUGGCAGCAUGAAUACACUUAUAUCGUUAGGAACCACAAUCGCGUACAUCUCGUCAAUCAGUCAGAUGAUUGCCGCUGCUGUGGAUCACCCUAAUCAAGUUAACGACGCCAAUUUCUACUUCGACUCGGUUGUUUUCUUGACAUUCUUCUUGCUCUGGGGUCGACUCAUCGAAGCAUACACCAAAUCCAAGACAGGCGAUGCGGUGGAAGCCCUCGGAAAACUCCGUCCUACCACUGCAGUCCUUGUUGAAGACGUCACGGAUAAACAUGAAACGGAGACAGUUAUCAAUACUGAUCUACUAGAGUUUGGCGAUCUUGUCCGCGUUCCCUAUGGUGCUUCACCUCCUUGCGACGGAAAGAUUGUACUUGGCGAGACUACCUUCGAUGAAUCUAGUCUUACCGGAGAGUCCCGCCCAGUCGCAAAGGUCGCUAAUGACGAUGUCUUUGCGGGUACGGUCAACGUAGACAAGCCCAUACUGAUACAAAUAACCGGUAGCGCCGGAAAAUCGAUGCUUGAUCAAAUUGUCAACAUCGUACGGGAGGGCCAAAAUAAGCAGGCGCCGAUGGAGGCUUUAGCGGAAACGCUGACUGCUUACUUUGUACCCUUCGUUACUUUAAUCGCCAUCCUCACUUGGCUUAUUUGGUUGUCGGUCGGGUUAUCUGGUGUUAUCCCGGGCCAUUUCCUCGACGUAUCCUCGGGAGGUUGGGUUGUGUUUUCGCUGCAAUUUGCUAUCGCUGUAUUUGUUGUUGCUUGCCCUUGUGGUCUUGCUCUUGCUGCUCCCACUGCCAUAUUCGUCGGUGGCGGUUUGGCCGCUAAGCACGGCAUUCUCGUCAAAGAAGGUGGUGAGGCUUUUGAGAAGGCCAGUCGAAUUGACUGUGUCGUCUUUGACAAGACGGGUACUCUUACAGUUGGCGGUAAACCCACUAUUACCGACUCCAUGAUCUUCCCAGGACUUGAAACAACCGAGCAACAACGCAAUACUCUUCUCGGCGCGCUGCGAGCUAUCGAGGAAAAUAGCAGCCACCCUAUUGCAAACGCCAUCGUCUCCUUCUGCAAAACCCAGACUUCCGAGCGUGUUGAGAUCGCUAGCGUUGAGGAAAUACCUGGAAAGGGAUUGAAGGCAACUUACAGUAGCGGAUCACCACUGCGCUCGUUUGAAAUCAUCAUCGGAAACGAAUCGCUCAUGCGCGAUUUUGCCGCCGCUAUUCCCCUUGACGUUACUACGAAUCUUGAUACUUGGAAGCGAGAAGCCAAAUCUGUGGCGCUCGUCGCUCUCAAAGUGCUCGAGAAGCCUACUGCCGUAUACAACAUCGCAGCUGCCCUCUCUAUCUCCGAUCCGAUCCGGCCCGAAACACCCGCCGUUAUCCAAGCGCUUAAGGCAGGAGGCACCGAUGUGUGGAUGCUCUCCGGUGACAACGCCACAACAGCUAAGGUAGUCGCGUCCCGCAUCGGCAUCCCGGAAACCAACGUCAUCGCCGAAGUCCUCCCCGCGCAAAAACAUGAGAAAAUUAAAUGGCUUCAAUCCACACUUAAAGCGCGUAGGGGUAACCUCGAAAUUACUGAUCGUCGAGCGAUGGUUGCGAUGGUUGGAGAUGGUAUCAACGAUGCGCCGGCGCUGAGUACUGCGGAUGUCGGUAUCGCAAUUGGAUCGGGCAGCGACGUGGCGAUUUUCAGCGCCGAUUUCGUGCUUGUGAACAGUAAUCUGGAGUCUGUGGUCACAUUGUUGGAUCUAAGUCGUGCGGUUUUCCGCAGGAUUAAGUUUAACUUCGCUUGGGCGCUUGUGUAUAACCUGCUUGCGGUACCGGUCGCAGCGGGAUGUUUUUACGCUUUGAUGGUUAACGGGCAACAUGUUAGACUACCACCUGUAUGGGCUAGUUUGGCUAUGGCGUUGAGCAGUAUAAGUGUUGUCGCGAGUAGUCUUGCGCUGAGGAGCGAGCUACCGGGAGUGGGGUUUAAGAUUCGGGUUGUUGCGCCCGAAAGGAAUGUGCAGAGUGAGAAUGAGAAUGGACUAAGGAUUAGGAACAAAGGUUGGGCUUAA